GAGCGCGCGCGCGUACUCUGCGUCCCGUCGUCCGCCACAGUCAUGGCGGCCCCGGUCGCUCCGCUCGAUGAAGACUGGGAGGAUUUUAACGAAUUCAAAGCGGCCGAUUCGCACAGCAGCUGGACCGCGGGACCGGAGAAUACACCGCAAACCCAAAGCUUCGCAUCCUUCGACGAGACACUGACCGCCAGCUUCCCGUACUCCAGCAGCGCGUGCACGAGCGUCUCUGUGAGCGCAGUGAGUGAACGCGAGCUGCUGCGCGACGACGAGAUAUGGAACACUUUGACAGAGAACUAUGGCAAUGUGAUGCCCGUGGACUGGAAAACCUCUCACACUCGUUCACUACACCUGCCCACUCUGAACCUCCGACCUCAGGAGAGGGUGGAGGUCAAUAAUCUUGACGUGUCUGAUGACGAGGAGCUCAGAGAUCAGAUGGACAUGCACACCAUCAUCAUCUCAUGUGUGAACGAGGAACCGCUGUUUACUGCAGAACAGGUCAUAGAGGAGAUUGAAGAGAUCAUGCAACAGUCUCCAGAUGAUGAGGAUCACGAGAGUCCAUCUCAGUUUGACCUCUCCUUGAUGUCGCAUGAGUUACACACACUCACACACUCCACAUCCAGCAGCAGCUAUGAGGAGCGGUUGCGUGGUCUGUGCGUGUCUGAGCUCCUGGAACGUCUGGAGGAAGUGGAGCGACAGAUCCGUGGUUUCUCAGAGGAGCUGAUCGAUCAGUUGGCGGUAAGGGAAGAGCUAGACUACGAGAAGGAGGUGAAGAACACGUUCAUCUCGGCACUCAUCGAUGUGCAGAACCGACAGAAAGAACAUCGUGAGCUGCUGAAGAAAAAGAGGAAGAUAAAGACCACAGGCAGCAUACAGAGAGCCGACCGCUCGCAUGUGCCAGGAACCUAUUUGACGACGGUGAUCCCAUACGACAGGAGCAGCGGAUCACUGUCUGUAGAAGACCUGCAGAUCCUGACCAAGAUUCUUCAUGCCAUGCGUGAGGACAGUGACACGGUUCCUGCUCUUCUCACCGACUACAUCCUCAAAGCACUGGUGUGAGAAAACAGGUGACGGAGUGUUGUGUCCCACAUAAAGUUUCUGGAGCUAAAACCAGCCAAUAUCAUCGGUACAUCAGACAUCUGAUCAUCUGCAUCCUUCCAGAAGAUGUUCUUCACUAAUUAUGCACAGAGUUGACCCACCAGUGGCAUUUAUUUCUCUUUCUGAAUUUGUGUUUUUUGUUUUGUGUAGAUGUUAUUGUGUCUGUGAGCUUGAAUGCAGUAUUUAGUUGAUUUCUUAAUGCAGUUGACAUUUCACUUACUGUCAGUCACAGUGCAGCUGUCGUAACUCAUGCACGUUUACAUCAUAUUCAGAUGAGUUUGUCUUUAGUGCACAUCUAGAUACAGAAUUUCCCUCUUUUGAUCUUUCCAUCAGAUGAAAUGAGAUUUCAGGACUUCUUUAGCUGCUGAUGGCCGAAAAUGAUUGAAAUGAAAUAAUUUCAGUGAUUUAAAAGCAAUCUCUCCAGGAAAAACAGGUACUAAUAUUUGUGUAGGAACAGGUGUGAUAUUUAUGUAGCUGUAAAAUCUAAAUGUUUAUCAUAUUGGAACGAGAACUAACGGUACUAUUAAUAAUACAAUUAUCUCCAAUGCCAGUUACUAGAUUGUCAAAUUCUGUUUUUGUUCUGUUUGACCAGCUUUUUAACAUCUGUCUAUAACAGUAUUAAUAUUGAGGUGAUGAGGAGUGAACGGCAUGAGUACUUGCUAGCAGUUGAGGUGAAAUCUGAAGCAGUGGAUUUUUGUUUUAAGGUAUGAAGAGCUAAAACACACUUAUAAAGAGAUAAACACACCUUUAUCUCCUCACUAAGGUCCUGUAAGAAGAUUGAGUGCUUGUCUGUUUUAUUAGUCUUUGUUCAAACAGAUUGGAGGUGGUGAUUUUUAUUUUUUGUAUGUGUUGCUGUAAAAGCUGAAUGUUGGUUUUCGAUUGAGAGAUUAGGUUGUGUUGAGACUUGCAGAUGCACAACCUUAAAGGAAUAGUUUGCCCAAAAAUGAAAAUUUACUUAAAAUUGAUUCAUCCUCAGGCCAUCCAAGAUGUAAAUGAGUUUGUUUCUUCAUCAGAUUUGGUGAAAUGUAGCAUUGCAUCACUUGCUCACCAAUGGAAGUGAAUGGGUGCCGUCAGAAUGAGAGUCCAAGCAGCUGAUAAAAACAUCACAGUAAUCCACAAGUAAUCCACACCACUCUAGUCCAUCUGUUAACAUCUUGUGAAGUGAAAAACUGCAAGUUUUGGAGUCGUGUGGAUUAUUGUCAUGUAUUAUCUGCUGUUUGGACUCUCAUUCUGACGGCACCCAUUCACUGCAUUUCACCAAAUCUACUGUACGUUUUGAGUGGCCUGAGAGUGAGUAAAUUUUCAGGAUGCUUUCAUUCAAAGGAUUAUUUAACUCUAAAAACCUGUAUAUUUGUAUUUUUUUUGUGCAUAAAAGAGGUUCAUAUGAAUCAUGUGCCA